AUGAUGCACGAUAUUGCCUCUUUCGAGCUUCCCAAGUGGAUUGGCCAACACGGAAAACAUGCCUCUCUGGUGUUGGCCGGCAGCGCGACGCCAGCUUUGUCGAUCCAGGACUUGAUUGAGCUUUCCUCAGACAAGCAGAUAACUUCCAGCAAUCUGUCGGUAGAGACUUUGAAACUGUCCCUGGAUCCAUCAAUGGGCAGUGAAGAUCUUCGCCAGAAGAUCGCCGGGCUCUACAAUGAGAAGGUCACUGCAGACCACAUCCUAGCUACCAAUGGAACAACAGGUGCCAACUCGCUUGUUUUCCAAAGCUUGCUCAAACCUGGAGAUCAUGUCAUUGCCAUGUAUCCUUCCUAUACGCCGCUUCUGUUUGUUCCGAAAGCUACAGUUGGCGAGGAAAUCUCAUAUUGGUCCCUCGAUCUAAGCAAUCAGGCCCAGGGAGAUCUUCAACAAUUGAAAGACAUGAUCAAGCCGACUACGAAGAUGAUAGUCCUUAACAACCCCAACAACCCACUGGGAACCAUUUUGAGCCUCGAAAUGCAACACGAAAUCGUGGCUCUGGCUCGUAAAUACGGCCUGAUCCUACUUGUUGAUGAGAUCUUCCGCCCAUUGUUCCAUGACUCGACGAAUCCACCAUCCUUCAUAGAGCUUUCCGAAGAGAACGACAAUAUCAUUGUGACCAGCUCUCUGAGCAAAGCUUGGGGGUUGUCUGGUACCCGUGUGGGCUGGAUUGCCACGAAAAACGCCAAGAUCCUAUCUCAUUGCUUUGAGCUGGGGCUUUACAUCACCAUGGCUGUGGGUACAAUCGACGGGGUCAUUGCUGCGGAGGCUUUGAGUGGUCGAUGCCGACCUCAGAUUCUGGCAAAGCACCUGGACAUCGCGCAGAAUAAUCUUGCUCUUCUGGAAAAGUUUGUUAACAAGCAUGAGGGUAUUUCGUGGAUCAAACCGAGUUCGGGAGCGACGGCCUUUGUGCGAUUUUCCUCCAAUGGAGCCCCUGUUGAUGACGUUGACUUCUGUCUGAAGCUGAAAGAGCAGAAGGGCAUCCUGCUAGCUCCUGGUAGCCUUUGCUUUGGUUUGGGGGCUGCUCAGGAUUUCCGUGGGUUCGUUCGGAUGCACAUCACAGCUCCGCCGGAGAAUGUGCAAGCAGCACUGGAAGCCAUUGAUGAAUUUUUUUGGGCUGAGGGAUAA